AUGCCCGACGGUGGUCCCUCAAGGCUGCACUCAGGCUCCGUAUCUAAAGGCCGACGGAGACGAUCUAGCAGUAUCAUCUACGUUGAGCCGCCAGAGACGAUCGAGCAGCUUUCGGAUCAGGUCGCGUUGCCGAAUCUGAAUGCUAACUGGGUCAAUAAUAAAGGUGCCUGGCUAAUACAUCCAGUAUGCAUUGCUGGUCUGAAAAUAUUCUAUGAUACAAUACCCGGAGUUUCACAGGAAACGAGCUGGACGUUAACCAAUAUCACCUACAUGGUUGCUACUUACCUUAUGUUUCAUUAUGUCCAAGGUAUCCCCUUUGAAUUCAACUCUGGUGCAUAUGACAACCUCAACAUGUGGGAGCAAAUGGACAAUGGCGACCAAUACACACCCUCAAAGAAAUUCCUGACAUCAAUGCCGAUACUACUAUUCCUUCUCUCUACUCACUAUACGCAUUACGAUUUAACAUUCUUUGUCGUCAACUGUAUGGCUUUGAUGAGUGUUAUUAUACCGAAGCUCCCAAGCUUCCAUCGAAUGCGAGUCGUUAUGCCAUGGAGCCAAACGAUCGAAGAAGUCGACGGCGAAGAACCAUCCUAG